AUGGCCCACCCUGAGCCUGUGAAUCUUCCACCCACGGAUGACUCCCUCCCCGAGAAAGUCAGCCCUAACCCCUCACCCAGGGCCUGGGGCAGCAGCCCGGGCAGUGGGCACAGCCAGGACGUGGACAUUUCAUGGUUUUUCCUCUCCCCCUCCAGCUGCCUAGCAACCUGGGACCCACGAGAGCUCUGGAGGGUGCCAGGCCCCAGGGAAGCCAUGUGGUCCCAGAACCAGCAGCCCAUGCCACCCACACUCUCCCAAAUUCAGCGGACUCGGAAGUGGAUCUUCACACAGUUCAAAUGA